AAAAAAAAAAACUUUACUUGUCUUUAGAAACUAUAAAACCAAAAAGCAAAAACCAAUUUAAGAGAGAGCACAAGCAAAAAGCGGUUCAACACAAGCAAAAUAUGGGCAACGCUCAGUCACCUCCGGCGAAUCCCCGCUACGCUUCGGCCUCCAGAGCUUUCAGUAAAAAAGAACUGGAAGAUCUUAAAUCCUUGUUCGCAUCCUUGGCUGCACAAUCUCAAACCAAUAACCAAUACAUCGUUCCCUCAGUUUUCAAGACAUAUUUUGGACUUCAUGGUCCUCUCGGUGACCGCAUGUUCGAUUUAGUCUCCCAGCAACGCAAGGACCAACGCCUCUCCUUUCAAGACCUCGUUAUUGCUAAAGGAACUUAUGAGAAAGGAACAAAAGAUGACAUUGAAGAGUUCAUUUACCAAUUAGUAGACGUGUCCGGUGAUGGCAUUUUGGCGAGGUCUGAUCUGGAAUCUGUUUUGAUUGCGAUGUUUGGGACUAUAUUUUCUGAGAAAGAUGCUGAACUUGGACCAAGUUCACAGAAGGACGUUGUGGACAUAUUUCUUAAUGCUGCAACUUUUUCAAAGCAUGUUGAAGGAAGUGCUGAAAAAAGCAUGUCUUUCGAAGAUUUCAGAAAUUGGUGUGCUCUUCUCCCAUCUGUUAAGAAGUAUCUCGCAAGCUUGUUGAUGCCACCUGAUGCAGGAAGACCAGGAUCACAAGUUCCUUGUCUACUGCAUGGGGAGAGUGUUGAUUCUAAUAUGAUGUUAUUGAGGAAGGAAUAUGCUUGGCAUAUUGGAGGAGCCGUUUCACAGCAAGAGCUGGAGGAAUGGAAACUUUUAUACCAUAGUGCUUACAAUGGCCUAAGUUUCAACACAUUCUUGGGCAAUAUAUCAAAAGAUGAUGGGCCAACUGUGUUGAUUAUUAAGGAUAAAGAAGGUUGCGUAUAUGGAGGAUAUGCUUCUCAGCCUUUUGAGAGGCAUGGGGAUUUCUAUGGAGACAUGAAGUCUUUUCUUUUUCAGCUAUAUCCAAAGGCUUCUAUAUUCAGGCCUACUGGAGCAAACAAAAAUCUACAAUGGUGUGCCGUGAAUUUCAGUUCAGAUGACAUCCCCAAUGGCAUUGGUUUUGGAGGACGAGUGAAUCACUUUGGUCUGUUUCUCUCUGCAAGCUUUGAUCAGGGUCACACGUUCAACUGUACCACAUUCGGUAGUCCCUGCCUUUCCAAGACCAGUCGAAUAUGCCCGGAAGUGAUAGAAUGCUGGAGGGUUGUUCCAAAAGGGAAACAAGGAACGCAUGAUGCUGUCAAAGGUUCUGUAUUAGAAAGAUUUAAGGAGGAUCGCCAUAUGCUCAACAUGGUUGGGCUUGCAAAUUCAAGUGAGUAAUCUUGGCCAUGCAAUGAUGCAACCUUUUGUUGGCUUCUACAAGCACAAAAAUCAUUUGUAGUUAAGGAUUUGCACCCGAUGACUUUGGCUUGAAGUUGAAAAAUAAGGUGUUUAUUCUGCCAUUUAUCUAGAAAGUUAGGAACAUAUUUGCUUGAUCUGUAAAUACUCCCAUCUGGUCUAAACUUGAAGAUUAUAUUCAGAAAUUAGAACAUGAGGAAGAGUUUAUGCCUCUUGGUGUAGGGGUAUUUCGUGGCUUUUUAUCUUUUGUAAUUAGAAACUGAUUGCUAUUGGGAAAAAAUGAAGUGCCUCCUUACACCCCUGCA